AUGUGCCACACCAGCUGCUCCACAGGCUGCCAGGCUGCCUGCUGCACGCCCAGCCCCUGCCAGGCAUCCUGCUGUGUGCCUGUGAGCUGCCAGCCCACUCUGUGCAUGCCUGUGUGCUGCAGGCCCACUGUGUGCAUGCCCAUGAGCUGCAGACCCACUGUGUGUGUGCCUGUGAGCUACAAGCCUGCCAUGUGCAAGGCCCCCUCCUGCCAGUCCUCCAGGUGCUGCCAGCCCUCCUGCCCCACCCUGCUCUUCAGACCCGUCUCCUGUAGCACCCCUUCUUGCUGCUGACCACACAUCUCCUACCCAGC